AUGGCGCAGCCUCCCUCCGCGUCGGGCGCCUCGGCGUCUGAGUCUGGCGGCGCGGCGAGCCAGUCCAGCCAGGCAGGCUCUUCUGCCUGCGGAUUCUCCUCACGCUUCUCCUCCUGUCCGCCGCCGCCGCCGGCGUCGAGUUUCCCUGCGCCGCCGCCGGUCUCCGCGCCGCCGCCGCGUCGCUCGAACUUCUCCUCGGCACCCUCGGGGUUUUCUUCAGCGCCACCUUCCUUCUCGGGUUUUUCCGCAGCCCCGCAGAUGCCGUUUGCGAGCUUCUCCGCGCCCGCGCCGCCACCGCUCCCGCCGCCGCCCAAGCCGCCGCGGCCGACGGAGGCGGAGCAGGAGGAAGAGGACUUCCAGGCGGCGAUCUUCUCUUCGGCGGCUGCGGCGAGUCGCGGCCGCGCGAAGCAGCUGCAGGCGCCCGACGGCUGCAGCAGCGCCGGCAGCGCCGACAGCGCCGCCGCCGUGCAGCAGGCGCAGGCUUCCAUGAGCGCUAUCGCCGCAGGGUCCCUCAACACGCGCAACGCUAUCCAGGGCUUCUCCCGCGCGGCAAACGUCGAGGCGCCGAGCGCCACCGCGCGCAGCGGCGAGAAGGCCGCCCCCAAGGUGCAAGUCAAUAUUGAGCCAGUCAACGCCACCGACGAACUCGGCCGAAAGGUGUGGGAUAAAGCGUACUACGAGUCCCUCGCGAAGUCGAAGGAAGAUGACGACGACGUGUUUUCCUACCUGCCGCAGCCCAAGCAGAAGAAAGCCGCGCCGCCCAUCGAGCACCGAAAGGCCUUGCAGCGGCGAGAUUUCUCCAUUGACCUGACAAAGGAGCUCGGAAAAACAAAAAUCGUCACUCUCCAAACGCCUCGCAUGCAGCAGGGAGGCUUCUGGUGCGACGUGUGCGAGUGCCUUAUAAAGGACUCUGCGGCAUACAUGGAUCACAUCAACGGUCGCAACCAUAACCGCAUGCUCGGUAUGACGAUGCGCGUAGAGCGCGCGGCGCCGAAGCAGGUCAUUAGCAAGUUGAGAGAGAUGCAGCGACAGUCCCAGUUGGAGCUCGAGGGAGAAGAGGGCGAAGGGCCUUUUUCCGGCGACGCCAGAGGGCAGGGCGGGGGCUCGGAGGCGGCUGGGGCUGCGGCGGCGGGCGGCCAGGCGGCGAUUGAUGAGAACUACGACGACAUCGACAGGAUCAAGCGGCGGCUCGAGGAGCUUCAGAAGCAGGAGGAAGAGCGCAAGAUGCGGAAGAAACUCAAAAAGAAGAAGAAGGCCACGAAGAGCGAGGAAGACGCGAAGAACGGCGACAAAGACGACGAGCGUGCUGCCGCCGGAACGAAGGCCUCAGGGGCAGUGAAGCACGAACAACAGGAGGAAGACGAGGAACAGAAGAUGCUCAAAGCCGUGGGGCUUCCAGCGUCGUUCGUUGGGAGCUGA